AUGUCUUCGUCAACGGAUAAAGAAGUCAUUGUGACUCUGUCUCAGACGGGACCAAAAUCUGUCGACAUGACGUUUAUCGAUCGACGGCUUACACUGAGUGCCGAAGACGGCAGGGUCGCUAUCGGCAGGACUUCUAAGAGCAUUUCUAAAGGCCGUGUUGCGACCGACGUCAACGGCCUUUACGACUGCGCUGUCAUGAGCCGAAACCAUGCCGUUAUUUAUACCAGAUUGGGGGAUGUUUUUAUCGAAGAUACUACAUCUAUGCAUGGCACCUUUGUCAACGGGACUGAUAUCCGCGGGCGCUCCCCGCACCAGCUUCGAACUGGCGACGGCCUCCGUUUUGGGAUUCCCAUCAAUCGUGGCGAAGAUUCCUUUUCACCUGUUCUGGUUACGGUUGGCAUUGACAAACAAGAACGACAAUUGCCUUUGAUUUUCGGAGUUCCAGAUGCGUCAGAAUCAGAGCUUGAGGCUUCUGAUGGCGAGGACAACUACCACGAUGAUGACUUUACGCAAAGGCCAGCGACAUCUCCACAGGUCGUGGAUCUGACCUCACCGGUCAGCUCUCCGCCACUCCAUAGCAGCCCGAACCCAUUGCCCGUGUCGGAUCUCGAUUCGUUCACCGUUAAACAAGUCGUCAAUGUCGAGGACGUCAUCACCGCUUCGUCACUGCUUGGAGGAUCUGCUAUGUCCAGUGACGGAGAUCUCAAAGAUGCAUUGUUCGAUUCUAGCAAUAAUGAUGCUGGAGAUUUCGAUGAAGAUAGUACCGACAAUGUCGAUUCAGAGAUUUACUCCGAAGAAGUAGAUCCAUCUAUUUACGACAAGGUCGAUUCCGAUUGCGGCUCGGAUUUCGAAGACCCUCAAGAUGCCAAGAAUCCUGAAAAUACUGAUGGUGCAGAAGACAUCGAAAACGUAGAAAACGCCGAGCCUGAUGUCUUCGGUUGGCCUAAGAGUCCCGAGCCCACGGCCACCAUUGAAAUCUCCACUAUCACUGGGCCUGCUCAUCUCCUUCCUCCUACAACAAAUGAACCAGUAUUUACGGUCUAUGCCGGAGAUGGUACUGACCGGCAAGAGACGUCGAGAAAGAGAAAGGCAGCCGAUCUUUCUGAAAUCACCAAAGAAGAACUCACAUGGGGUGUCCUAUGCGAGGCGGUAGCUGAAGAGCGCCCUGCACAAGACCAGGAGACUGUAUCGGUAGCCGCGCCGGCCACUCCUAUCUGCUUUGUCGACAAUCCUCGACCAUCAAAACGGUUGCGUCGCUUUGCGGCUAGCCUAGGUUAUGCAGCCCUUGGAGGCAUCACAGCCGCUGCCGUUACGUUUGGGUCUCUUGCCUAUACGGCACCAAGUUUUUAG